AUGAGUAAUGCAGGAGGAGAAAAUGAUAGGGCAGAGGCAGCUCAACCGUUAAUGAAGAAAUUAAUGUGCCGGCGUAAUCAGGGGAAGAAUGAACACGGCCCUAAAUCCCUUUUACCCAUAUACAAGGAUGGGGGGCGGGGCAAGGAGGGGAUAAAGAAUCUGUGCAGGAGCAAGGGACCGUAUGAGCAGGAAAUAAACAUCUGGGAUGAAAAAUCAAGGAUCAAAUGGACCAGCGGAGAGAUUGGUCAGCAGGAGUAG